AUGAGUACUCAUGACUAGUGGUCCACCUGGGUCAAGCUUCUACACAAGUAGCAGUAAUAAGAAGCCUGGAUGAAUAAGAAGAGAUUGAGUCCCAGGAGUGAGGCGGCCCUUAUUCAGCUGCUAAUCCAAGUUACAAUAUAAGAGGGUCUGGGAGGAGGGUGGUCGGUGUGAGGGCCUUUUAUUGGGGCCAAAGUAAUCACACCAAAAAACGCUGCUAAUCCCUAUGUCUCACUAUUUUGCCUUUAAGCUCUUGUCUGAUACAUUUUCAUCCAUAUCAUGUUGGAAAAACCUCCCACUUUUGAGAAUGAGCUGAGGAGAAGCUACUGUUGCACCUACAUAAACACACUAGUAGGCUUUUGUCUGAUACCACAGCCCUGUGCCUGUCUCCAACACAACCACUUUAGCAAGUCUCAAAGAAUCAGGCUUAGGUUUAGAUCGCGCGCGGCUUUAGACUACCGGAACCUUAAAAGCUAGGGAUGCGGCCGAAUGAAGUCCGGACGAAAAGACUUGCCACACUGCGCCAGGUUUAAUACUUCCGCCCCUCAGGGAACUUGCCUCCGCCCCACUCUCCAGUCCGCCCAGCUCCAGUUCUGCGCAGUCUCCUGGAAUUAUUUGCUGUCUCUAUGGCAACCCGGUAGCUGGCAUCUGAAGAUGGAGACCUCUGAUUCUACUGAGGGAUCGCAGUCGCGAUCUUUAUACAAACAGCCCAGCUCCAAAGGGCUAGGGACAACUUCCGAACCGUUUCCUUCUUCGGACCGCAGUCCUAGGUCUGCCCUGGCAGCUGCAACCAAAGCAGCUACAGCAGCUGCUGCAGCCACUGCAGCCGUCUCCACAGCCAAAACAGCUAUCUUAUCUACAAAGAUUCGAGCGCCCUACUCUGAGCCAAGCCUUUCCACGGAUCCCUCCUCUGACAGUCUUCUUGGGGAGCCCUGCACUGGACCCAGCUUUACUCACAGGAUAGGCCAUGGGAGAGUUUGCUUUAAGCCUGACUGUGUUUCUUAUAUUGCUCGGGAUCCCUGUACUACGUAUGACCUUAGUUCUAGCCCUGGCCCUGUUCCUGGCUCCAGUUUAGGUUCUGGUGGUGGCUCUCGCCCUGGCGGUGGCUCUGGUCAAGGCACUGGUCCUGACUCUGGCCCUAGUCCAGGCCGUGGCCAUGACCCUGAGCUCAGCCCCUCCACUCUUCCAAGCUUUAGAAAUCCCAGGGCAGACCUGGUCCCUAAUUAUGCCCCCUGCAAUCACCGCCAUGGGGAGCCUCAGAAACAACCCUGGAAAUUUUUGCAAGUCUCAGAACCUGGUGCCCGAGGGCUAUGGAAGCCCACUGAGGUUGAAGGGAAACAUAAAGUUCUCAGUGAAACAUUGCCAAGGGGCCAGUGCCUCCUCUACAACUGGGAGGAAGAGAGAGCCACCAACCACCUGGAUCAAGUCCCAAGCAUGCAGAAUUGCUCUGAGGGUUUCUUCUUCCGACAUGGACAUGAGGGACUGCUAACCCUGCAGCUAUGUUCACCCAUGCCCCGCAGCACCACCCAGAAAGACUCAUACCAGCCACCAGGAAAGCACUAUCAGCCAAUUAGAGGGAAGCGUGAAGCCAUGCUGGAGAUGCUCCUGCACCACCAGGUCCGUAAAGAGGUGCAGGCAGAGCAGGAAUCCACAAGGGAGCACUUUGAGGUCGAGUCUGUGACACACCAUGACUACCAAAAGGAGCUGGUGCAGGCAGGGCCUCCUGCUCCGACAAAGCCUCAUGACUACCGUAAGGAGCAGCCUGAAACCUUCUGGAUACAGAGGGCGCCACAGCUACCGGGUGUCAGUAAGAUCAAGACACUGGACACACCAUUCCGGAAGACCUGCAGCUUCUCAACACCAGUGCCUUUGUCCCUGGGGCAGCCUUUGCCCUCUGACCCUGAGAAUUAUUCCCUCCAGUUAGGAGAAAUCUCUUCCCUUGGCUGUCAGAGAGGAGGGCAGGGUGGUGGAAGGGGUAGAACUGUCUAAGGGUUGAGGACUGAAGUGGGAUGUGGAAUAUGGCAUCUAUUUCUGUCUGUAUUGGAGAGGUGGAGAGAAAGUGAAUUGUUUGUACUUGGUGAAGGGGCUUUACAUAAAGGGUUCUCUCUCAUCCUGAGUCUGCUAAUUCAGUGAUUCCCUGAGUUUCUAUGUCCAUACCCCAUAAACUUUCCUUGGAGUUACCUUUAA